UCUAGUGGACGGAACGCUUCUUCAACAAUAACAGCUAGUCAGACACCUUGGUACCUUGCUAGGCAAAACAGCCGAAACAUUGAAGUUAUUUGGACUGUGUCGGUGUAUAGCCACUGUGUAAUUACCAGCAUUAUAUCGUAUCUACUUUUCUUUUCAUAUUCAAGUUGUUGUUAGUCAUCUAAUUUAGUUGGCUUGAUAAAUUAGCCUAGCACUACGCUAAUGCUAGCUAGCUAUUAUCCCCUACCAUGAGUUGCUCACUAAACUUCUCCCCUCCUGCUAAAGAAGAUGGAGUCUGCUGGACUGUGAAAGAAGCUCUGGGACUGAACGUUUUCGUGAAAGAGGAGGAUGUCACAGUAAAACAAGAAGUAGAGGGCGAAGCUGUUACCGUGAAAGAAGAAGAGAAAGAAGUUACAGUGAAAGAAGAGGAAGACGUCUUCAGAGUGAAAGAGGAGGAGGAUGUUACAGUAAAAGAAAGGGAGAAAGAGGAGGAUGUAGUUUUUGAAGUGAAGGAGGAGGAGACAGAAGGAGAGAGACGGGCCUAUCGUGGAUCCUCAGGGGAGCCUCAACAACAUCAUGAUGCUGACGAGGCAGAGAAGAGUCUCUCCACAUCAGGACACCUCAAGAAACACCAUCAGAGACCCACAGGAAAGAAACCUCACUGCUGCUCUGACUGUGGGAAACAUUUCAAAUCUUCAUCAGAACUUAAAAAACACCAGAGAAUUCACACAGGAGAGAAGCCUUAUAGCUGUGAUCAGUGUGGCAAGAGUUUUACUCAGUCAAGCCACCUGGUAUCACACCAGAGAACACACACAGGAGAGAAGCCUUAUAGCUGUGAUCAGUGUGGCAAGGGUUUUACUCAGUCAACCAACCUGGUAUCACACCAGAGAACACACACAGGAGAGCAGCCAUAUAGCUGUGAGCAAUGUGGGAAAAACUUUUCUCGGAGAGAACACCUUAAAGAGCACCAGAGAACACACACAGGAGAGAAACCUUAUAGUUGUGAUCAAUGUGGGAAAAGCUUUUCUCAGAUAGAACACCUUAAAGGACACCAGAGAACACAUACAGGAGAGAAGCCUUAUAGCUGUGAUGUAUGUGCAGAUAGUUUUACUACAUCAAGCCAGCUGGUAGUACACCAGCGAGUACACACAGGAGAGAAACCUUAUAGCUGUAGUCAGUGUGGGAAGAGUUUUACUCAGUCAAACAGCCUUAAAUCACACCAGAGAACACACACAGGAGAUAAACCUUAUAACUGUGAUCAAUGUGACAAGAGAUACUCUCAUUCAAGUGGUCUGAUUAAACAUCAGAAAAUACAUGCAGGAGAUCCACAGAGUGUGGAAUGUUCUCCACCACCAGACCUGGGUAGUUGAACACAGAGUUUGGAAUUAUCUCCAACACCAGACCUGGGUAGUAGAACACAGAGUGUGGAAUGAUCUCCACCACCAGACCUGGGUAGUUGAACAUAGAGUUUGGAAUGAUCUCCUACACCAGACCUGGGUAGUAGAACACAGAGUGUUAAAUGAUCUCCAACACCAAACCUCUAUACAUCAAAUCACAUUUUAUUUGGCACAUACACUUGUUUAGCAGAUGUUAUUGCGGGUGUAGCGAAAUGCUUGUGUUUCUAGCUCCAACAGUCCAGUAAUAUCUAACAAUACACACAAUCUAAAGGAAGGGAAUUAAGAAUAUAUAAAUAUUUGGACAAGUGAUGUCAGAGCGACAUAAACUGAUACAGUAGAAUAGAAUACAGUAUAUACAUAUGAGAUGAGUAAUACAUAGACUAAGAUACAGUAGAAUAGAAUAGAAUACAGUAUAUACAUAUGAGAUUAGUAAUGCAUAGACUAAGAUACAGUAUAUAUACAUAUGAGAUGAGUAAUAAAUAGACUAAGAUACAGUAGAAUAGGAUUGAAUACAGCAUAUACAUAUGAGAUGAGUAAUGCAUAGACUAACACACAGUAGAAUAGGAUAGAAUACAGUAUAUACAUAUGAGAUAAGUAAUACAAAAUAUGUAAACAUUAUUAAAGUGGCCAGUGUUUCCAAGUCUAUGUGUAUAGGCAGUAGCCUCUAAUGUGCUAGUGAUGGCUAUUUAACAGUAUUUAACAGUCUGAUGGCCUUGAGAUAGAAGCUGUUUUUCUGUCUCUCUGUCCCAGCUUUGACGCACCUGUUCUGACCACACCUUCUGGAUGAUAAAGGGGUGAACAGGCAGUGGCUCGGGUGGUUGUUGUCCUUGAUGAUCUUUUUGGCCUUCCUGUGAAAUCGGGUGCUGUAGAUGUCAUGGAGGGCUGGUAGUUUGCCCCCGGUGAUGCGUUGGGCAGACCGCAUCACUGGGGUAGUUGCAGGCUGUAUCAGUUGCCAUACCAGGCGGUGAUACAGCCUGACAGGAUGCUCUCAAUUGUGCAUCUGUAAAGGUUUGUGAGGGUUUUAGGUGCCAAGCCAAAUUUCUUCAGCCUUCUGAGGUUGAAGAGUCGCUGUUGCACCUUCUUCACCACGUUUCUGUGUGGGUGGACCAUUUCAGUUUGUCCGUGAUGUGUACGACAAGGAACUUUAAACUUUCCACCUUCUCCAUUGCGUCCCAUCUAUGUGGAUAGGGGGUGCUCCCUCUGCUGUUUCCUGAAGUCCACAAUCAUCUCCUUUGUUUUUUUGACAUUGGGCGAGAGGUUAUUUUCCUGGCACCACACUCCCAGGGCCCUCACCUCCGCCCUGUGGGUUGUCUCAUCAUUGCAGGUAAUCAGGCCUACUACUGUUGUGUCGUCUGCAAACUUGAUUAUUGAGGCGUGCAUGGCCAUGCAGUCAUGGGUGAACAGGAAGUACAGGAGGGGGCUCAGCACCCAUCCUUGUGGGUAUCAGCGACGUGGAGGUGUUUUUUCCUACCUUCACCACCUGGGGGUGGCCUGUCAGGAAGUCCCAAGUUCAGACCCAGGGUCUCAAGCUUAAUGAAGAGCUUGAAGGGUACUAUGGUGUUGAAUGCUGAGCUGUAGUCAAUGAACAGCAUUCUUACAUAGGUAUUCCUCUUGUCCAGAUGGGAUAGGGCAGUGCGAUAGUGAUUCUAUCGUCUGUGGAUCUAUUGAGGCGGUAGGCAAAUUGAAGUGGGUCUAGGGUUUCAGGUAAGGUAGACGGUGAUGCGAUCCUUGACUAGUCUCUCAAAGCACUUCAUGAUGACGGAAGUGAGUGCUAUAGGGCGAUAGUGAUUUAGUUCAGUUUCCUUUGCUUUCCGGGCUCUAGAGUGGCACAACAGUUUAAGGCACUGCAUCUCAGUGCGAGAUUUGUUACUCCAGUCCCUGGUUUGAAUCCAGGCACACAAUAAGCACAGCAUCGUCCGGUUUUGGCCGGGGUAUGCCGUCAUUGUAAAUGACAAUUUGUUCUUAACUGACUUGCCUAGUUAAAUAAAGGUUAAAUAAAAAAAUAUUGGGUACAGAAACAAUGGUGCACAAGGAUGAUGACUUAUAUGUCUAGAAUUAGACGACGUAGAGAACAAGCUACCCCUUGUUUUCUCUGUUCCGUUUCCAAAAAGUGACUCAAAAUAUGCAUUUGAGAAUGGUCUAUCUGCUGGCCGCAGACUGGGGGGCACGGCAUGUAAUGAUUUUCGUGUACUGAUGAUUUACUACACACGUGCCCCCCAAUAGUGCCAUGCGAGAGUUGGGUUGGCUACACCAAAGAUUAUGGAUAUACUGACAAGAAGUCUCUCCGCCCUGACAAGGGGAGUUGUUGUCCAUAAAGCGGCACUGCGGGUUGUCUAACUUCCGCCUAUCCUUUCUUUGGAUUGGUAGAUACUUCUUAUUAUUGUAAUCAUUUAAAAAACAUUUUUCAUGAGGGUUAUUGAUGUCAACCGCCUGUAUUCAAUGGGGAGUAGAGGUCGGCCAAUUAUGAUUUUUCAAUGCCGAUACCAAUUAAUCAGCCGAUUAAAAUGUUUUUUUAUUUGUAAUAAUGACAAUUACAACAAUACUGUAGAGACCCGCACAGACAGCUGUGUGUUAUGUGUUAGGCUAGUAGGCGGUUGUGUUGUACUUACCAGUACCCAGUGUUCGCGGGGUCCGACAUGCCAAUCAAACUGGGAUCUGCCAAUCACGGGAAUGCCUGGAAUGUUCUGAUGCCCGGCAUCCUGGCGGUUGGUGGAGUGGCGUGGAGGGGGGUUGGGCAGGGGGAUGGAGCAUUGGAAGUUAAGACCAGGUUUAGCCUUUGUUCUCUCUCUUACGUCUGGGCUUCACAAGAGAAGGUCACGAUUAGCUUGUGGGUUAUCUUUCAUUUAUUUGGCGUGGGCUACGGCCAAACAGUAGCCUGUGUAAAGUUGGUUUAAUAAACUGGCAAU